AUGUGCUCCGGGCUCCAGGCCCUGCUACUGUCAAUUUGGCUUUCCUGGACACUGGGGAUCCGCGGAUCUGAGCCCAGCAGCGUCAACGACCCCGGGAACAUGUCCUUUGUGAAGGAGACCGUCGACAAGCUGUUGAAAGGCUACGACAUUCGUCUGAGACCCGACUUCGGGGGUCCCCCAGUCUGCGUGGGGAUGAACAUCGACAUCGCCAGCAUCGACAUGGUUUCUGAAGUCAACAUGGACUAUACCUUAACUAUGUAUUUUCAACAAUAUUGGAGAGAUAAAAGGCUCGCCUAUUCUGGGAUCCCUCUCAACCUCACGCUUGACAAUCGAGUGGCUGACCAGCUCUGGGUGCCCGACACAUAUUUCUUAAAUGACAAAAAGUCAUUUGUGCACGGAGUGACAGUGAAAAACCGCAUGAUCCGCCUCCACCCUGAUGGGACAGUGCUGUACGGGCUCAGGAUCACCACCACAGCAGCAUGCAUGAUGGACCUCAGGAGAUACCCCCUGGAUGAGCAGAACUGCACCCUGGAAAUUGAAAGCUAUGGCUACACCACGGAUGACAUUGAGUUUUAUUGGCGCGGCGGGGACAAGGCUGUCACCGGCGUGGAAAGGAUCGAGCUCCCACAGUUCUCUAUUGUGGAACACCGUCUGGUCUCCAGGAAUGUUGUCUUUGCCACAGGUGCCUACCCUCGACUUUCGUUGAGUUUUCGGUUGAAGAGAAACAUUGGUUACUUCAUUCUUCAGACGUACAUGCCCUCCAUCCUGAUCACCAUCCUCUCGUGGGUGUCCUUCUGGAUCAAUUACGAUGCGUCCGCUGCUCGAGUUGCCCUUGGGAUCACCACCGUGCUCACCAUGACAACCAUCAACACUCACCUUCGGGAGACUCUGCCCAAAAUCCCCUACGUCAAAGCCAUCGACAUGUACCUAAUGGGCUGUUUCGUCUUUGUAUUCCUGGCCCUUCUGGAGUACGCCUUCGUCAACUACAUUUUCUUUGGAAGAGGUCCUCAAAGGCAGAAGAAGCUCGCAGAGAAGACUGCCAAGGCCAAGAAUGACCGUUCCAAGAGUGAAAGCAACCGGGUGGAUGCUCAUGGGAACAUCCUAUUAACAUCACUGGAGGUUCACAACGAAAUGAAUGAGGUCGCCGGCGGCAUCGGAGACACCAGGAAUUCAGCAAUAUCCUUUGACAACUCAGGAAUCCAGUAUAGGAAACAGAGCAUGCCCAGGGAAGGGCACGGGCGGUACAUGGGAGACAGAAGCAUCCCGCACAAGAAGACCCACCUACGGAGGAGGUCUUCCCAGCUCAAGAUCAAAAUCCCUGAUCUCACCGAUGUGAAUGCCAUAGACAGAUGGUCCCGGAUCGUGUUUCCCUUCACCUUUUCCCUUUUCAACUUAGUUUACUGGCUGUACUAUGUUAACUGA